UCUUGAAUCAACCGUUAGGAUUUUAUUGGCGUGUCUUUAUUUUUAAGUUUAUGUCAAGUUUUGUUCAUUGUUUAUAAAUUGUUUAUAAAUCGUAUGAGAGAUAAUGGACUGGUCGCUCAUCAUAUCGAUCCUGAUCAAUUGUCUAUAUGCCUCGGCGCUGGACGACGAUUGUCCCACGCUGGCCGAUGGGGACAGUUUGUCGCAGACCCAAUUGCUGGACCGCUUAACCCAUGGCUGCCGGUACGACCGACUGGAACGACCCAUCACCUAUUCGGAAUCCGGCCAGCGAUUGCCGGUGGACGUCUAUAUGCGCGCCUACAUCUACUUCAUGCAGAAUCUCGAGGCCCACGAUCUGCAGUUCAAGAUCUACGCCCUCCUCCAGAUGCGCUACCUGGAUCCGCGUCUCAAUUUCCGCAACGUGAGUCCCAAGCGCAGACAACCGAUUUUGGGGGAACAGCAGCUGCGCGACUCCCUCUGGAUGCCACACAUAUUCCUGGCCAACGAGCGGGACUCCAGUAUUUUGGGCCUCACGGAGAAGGACAUCCUCACCUCGAUCUCCCCCGACGGCACCGUGAUCGUCUCGAACCGGAUCAAGGCCACCUUGUACUGCUGGCUCAACCUGAAGAAAUUCCCCUUCGACGAGCAGCACUGCUCGACGAUUCUGGAGAGCUGGAUGUACAACACCUCGGAGCUGGUGCUCCACUGGGAGCAGAAGCGUCCGAUCACCUACGACGGUGCACUGCAUCUCACCGAGUUUGUGCUGCAGCGAUCGUGGUCGAAUGAGACGGUGAUCAAUGCCGAUUUGAGUGAUUUGCGGCACGGCGCCUUUGCGGGCAACUACAGCUCCCUCAGCUUCACCGUUCACCUGACUCGCGUGGUGGGCUUCUACCUGAUGGACUACUUCCUGCCCUCCAUGCUGAUUGUGGCCAUAUCUUGGGUAUCCUUCUGGCUGCAGGCCGACCAGGCUCCGCCGCGCAUUACGCUGGGCACCAGCACGCUUUUGACUUUUAUCACCUUGGCCUCGGCGCAGGGAAAAACCCUGCCGAAGGUGAGCUACAUCAAGGUGUCGGAGGUGUGGUUCCUGGGCUGCACCAUCUUCAUAUUCGGCAGCAUGGUGGAGUUUGCCUUUGUCAAUACUAUUUGGCGUCGCAAGAAGAGUGUGCCGGUGAAGAAACUGAACAGCAAGCAUAUUUUAAAGUCCACGCUAUCGCCGAAUCUUCUCAGGCGUCGCAGUCACGCCAGAUCGAGAUCGUUUUCGGGCACAGCCCUUCAGAAGGCCGCCGAUACGAGCUCCCUGGGCGGUGCUGGGUUCAAUAACUACCUGACCGUCAAUCUGCCCAUCACCACGAUCAAAGAGGGUCAGGUUCUGGACGAGCAGAGGACCAGGAACCUGCAGAAACUGGACGUGAACUUCGUGGAGAGCGCCUUUGGGAUGCCAAGGGGAGCGGCUCAGUCGACGGGAGGCAUUAGUGCGGCCAGCAGCACCCAGACUUUGACCAACAAUAAUCGCAACGAAGGCGGUGGCGGAGUGGAUCACCAGGAGGAGAUCGACCUGAGUGGCUGGACCACCCUCACGCCGCAGGAAAUCGCCAUGUGGAUCGACAGCCGGGCUAGAUUCGUUUUUCCCCUCGCCUUUCUCGUCUUCAACCUGUUCUUCUGGACAUUUGUCUACUGUAUUUAAAUAUGAGAAAUUUUAAAAAAUAUUUAAUUUAUGUUUUUGUUGCUUUUUAUUCACCCUUUACUGCAUUAUGGUUAAUUAUUAU